CCUCUUCGUUCUUCUUCGUCCUCUUUGUUCUUCUUCGUCUUCGUUCUUCGUUAUUCUUCUUCUUUUUCUUUCCUUUUCUUCUUCCCCUUCCCAUACGUCCUCCUUCACCUUCCUUUAAUUUCUCCGCCCUGCACCCUUGAACGGCGUGUCAUCUCCGUCUUCCUCGACCUGUCGAUAGCGAGUCGCCGCUGCCUACCAAUAUGGAAGAAACUUUCAGUAAGAUUGGACCAAUACGAAGAUGCUUUAUGGUUACCAAAAAAGGAUCAAGUGAGAAUCGAAGGUUUGGCUAUGUUCAAUUAUACUAAUCGUUCCAUUGAGUUGAAGAAUUGUUCAGCUGUUGGAGGUACAAAGAUUCUAGUUAAAAAUGCCAUGAUGGUGCUCAUCUUGAGCAGCUUCGAACAAAAGACAAUGAAGAGAGACAAGGCAUUUGCAGCUAGUGAUGAUAUUGUGUCCAUCUAUAAUAUGCUGCAAGAAGGUUAUACCAUUAAUAUAGUAAAGGUUUUUUUCACGGCUGCUACCGUUCCGAAGGCUGCGCUAAUUCACGAACGAUAUCUGAAGUGCAAACACUCUGUGAGUUUGUCCACGUCGAGCCAAUCGACUGGACAUUCAAGGAUCUCGUUCGUCACGCGUAACUGCCAUGUAUGUUCACUUUGACGCUGCAUGGGGCAAUGUAGCGUUGCAUCUAUGAUGAUAACUUUUGUUUGUGGAUUGAUACUGACUAAGUCCUUUACGUAGGUUGAACUUGCAUAUGUUGCUUCCUUUUGUGUGUUUGUUGCUAUGCUUUGCCUUUGGAUUGUAUAUUUUUGUUGUAUUGCGAACUAGUUAUGUUCCUAGACAGUGCG